ACACACACACACACACACACACACACACACACACACACACACACACACACACACACACACACACACACACACACACACACACACACACACACACACACACACACACACACACACACGCACACACACACACACAGCGACCAAUACGCUGCGCCGGAGGAGGAUUUCUGCCAGUGAUCUCAUACCGGCUCUGGUGCGCGGAGGGGAUUCUACGACGCCGAUCCCGGCCGGCCACGCUUCCGCUUCAAGGCGAGAGCCGAGCGAGGAAAGGAGAAUAAAAUUCAAGGCGGCGUUUGUCUGAUUGCAACAUCUGGCGCUGCUUGUUUUGAAUUGUUUCGACGUUGGAGCCGACUGCCACUCCAAGACUAGAAGAAGCGCACCAUGUCUCUUCCGCGCACACUCGGGGAGCUGCAGCUCUACCGGGUCCUGCAGAGGGCCAACCUGCUGGCCUACUACGACACCUUCAUCCAGCAGGGCGGCGAUGACGUGCAGCAGCUCUGUGAAGCGGCUGAGGACGAGUUCCUGGAGAUCAUGGCCCUGGUGGGCAUGGCCACCAAGCCGCUGCACGUGCGCAGGCUCCAGAAGGCCCUCCGAGACUGGGCCGCCAACCCCACGGUUUUCAGCCAGCCCGCGUCCGGCGUGCCCUCCGUCGGGGGGAUCCCGCUGUUUAAAGUCGACGGCACAGGUCCGAGUUGGCCCAGGAGAUCUGUGAGCAACGGGCAGCCGGGGUCACCGUGUGAACGCGAGGAUAGGGCGUGUCUUACCCCCAUGCACAGCGGGAGCCCUCGGAGCCCCUGUUCCCAGGCGUCCCCCCAGCCCCCGGACGCACACUACCGCGAAAAACUGUCCCCCAUGGAACCACACUGGCUCGGCCCAGAACCCAACGGCAAUUGCGCCUCGUCAGGAAUGGAGGAGGAGCCGCCCAGCCCCCCUCACCCACCUGUACGUGCCCCCGUUCCCCCAGGGUCUCCGAGUUCCUCCUCCAACGCUCUGUCGGCCUGGCCCGCGGGACAACUGGACGCCGAGACAGCUCAGUCCGUGGCAGACAGCGUGGAGAGACUCCUCAGGACUCUGCCUCGCUCCGACCCGGCAGAGAUGAAGAGUCUGCUGAGGAUAAACAAGAAGAUGGCCAAGACCGUGGGCCACAUCUUUGAAAUGAGCUCCCGGGACGUGAAGAAGGAAGAGGAGAUCCGCAAGUACAGUCUCAUCUACGGACGCUUCGACUCCAAGCGCAGAGAAGGCAAGCACCUCACGCAGCACGAGCUGAUCAUCAACGAGGCCGCGGCCCAGUUCUGUAUGCGGGACAACGCCCUCCUGCUGAGACGGGUGGAGCUCUUCUCGCUGGCUCGGCAGGUGGCCAGGAAAUGCGCCUACACGUCCACUGUGAAGCACGCGCGGCCAAACAUGGAGGACAACAGUCUACUGCCUCAGAAGAGAGCGAGACUUGAGGUGACCGAGAACACGUCGUCACUCCUGGCAACGGAGGGCGUUGAGGUGUUGAAUGACGACAGCUUGUCGGCAGGAAGUCCAGACAGCGUGUCACAUGACGUGGCGUCACAAUGCAACCAGUCGCCCUCGCCCUGCCCCCCCGCCGACAGCACCAACCCCGCCACCUGGAGUCGCCAUCUUAUGCAGCAAACGCUCAUGGACGAAGGUCUGCGAUUGGCUCGCCUGGUGUCACAUGACCGGGCCGAAAAGAUCAAAUUAGGGUCGGAGGGAGCUUACUCCACAGAGCAUGACAUGAAAAGUCAGCGGCGCAGCUCCAUCACAUUGUGCCGGAGCAGCAGCCCAAACGUCACUAAAGACAAUUCCAACCCCAGAGGAAAGUAACGAGAACGGAACACUCCAACCCACAACACCAAAGGACUGCCAUCGACGGAGAUACCUGUACAAUACGGACUUUUAUUGUGGCAAAUGUGGUUAGCACAUCUGCCUCGCAGGCGUGGCAAGGCGCUUCUGGGUUCGAACUCUUGGCCCGCGCUUGGGUGAGGUUUGCCCCGACAGUCAGUAAAUAUAACCCACUCGGUUUGCGUUCCGGGACUCGAACUUGGGACGUUCCGAAUGAGAGGCGAGCGUGCUAACCACCGGGAGUGAGCAAUUACCAACGUACACAUGGCACGGCCACACUGGCUGGCCUCCGUUAUACAAAGUGUGAAUGCUUGGUUUGUUUACAUGCGCCCUAUGAUUGGCUGGCAAACAGUCCCGCCUCUGAAAUGGACUUACUUGCCAGCAGAGUAAUUUGGCAACGUCUGACACGUCCCCUACACAUUUUAACGUCCAAAAAUAAUAUUCAAUGGAAACAAGUCAAACACUGGCGCCAGGCGGAAAAACGGGUUUUCCCUUUGUACAACCCACGAGCUCAUUAAAUGGCUUUCUGGCUAACGUGACAAUGAUUGACAGCACACAGCAGCCAACCAAUCAGCUUUCAGAUGCGACGUAGGAGCAAGAUGGCCUCCACACGGCGAUACGAACCACGAACAAGGAACCCAAACAAGAGGAGUCUGAGACUUGCACUUGGGGAAUAAAAAAAAACAAAUGUAAUCUGUCACUUGUGAAUCUGGCCAGCGAAGUGUUUUUUUUGGUUCUCGCAAACAAGGUUCGAUUCCCAGCAAGGACAUACAAGGUAAACUAAAUCACAAUGCAAUCCUGAAAAAAACAAAAUAAAAGGUAUUUAUUUUGUUCUGUUAAUUUUGUUGUUUUGUACAAAAAAAUUAACUACUGAACAAUUUGUUACUCCAAAAACACGCAUCCUAGCCCUUCAAACCACGCCCCCUUCAAGCCACGCCCCCUGCACGAAAGCCAGUUUUGUCCCCCCCCCCCACUUCAGAAAUCCAAAUCUGAUCCAAGCGCAUGACUGAAUACGUUGUUACUACGUUCAAUAAAAAUGAACUCCU